AUGGAAUCCUUAGACACCCUUGCUCUUCCCACGAUUUCGGCACUGCGACACUUGGAGCCACGACCAGGAGGCCACUGGACUGUCACUGGACAUUCCUCUGCCUCAUACACACUGGCAUAUAUCAUGGAUGGCGGGGCUGAUGCGAUCUGCUAUACCAUGAAGCUUUGUGCGACCGAGGAAGAUGUUCUCACCCAUUGCGGGUCGUUGAUAUACGAUUACUCGGAAGUCAACGCCAUGGGUUGUGAUGGGCUCAAGGCAGCUACACAAAAUGCUGCUUCAGGACCUAUGCAUAUUGCUCUCCACCAGAAGCAAGACACCAGACCGAAUGAUCCCAUAGUUGAUCUUGCUCUGGAUCCCCUUAUGAUCGACCCAGUGCCCGAACCUCAGAAUCUUGCUUUCAGCGAUACACAGCAAUCACGAUUUGGAAGCCUGGAUCAAAUCGAUUCUCACAACCUGUAUGAGCUCAUAAACGGGUCAACAAACAAUCAGAGUCAGCAGCAAAUGAUGGGCGCAGUCAAUAACAGCUCAGUGGCUCCAGGAAAUGAAAGCAAUGCCCUACUUUCCGACUUGUGGGAUGAGAACUACGACAAAGUUGAAACCUUGGGAGAUGACGCCGUAUGCAACCCUGCAUGGCCCGUACAGUUCGCGACUUCUUAA